GGCAAUAUAUGGUAGUAUUAGGAAAUCAGACAGAAGUGGAUGGGAAACCAAUGAAAUUCUUAAACGAUAUCGAUGUAGUAGAUCAAGACGUGCUGAUAUUUACGGAUUCUUCCAAUAAAUGGGAUCGACGCCAUUUUAUGAAUAUUCUUUUGGAGGGUAUUCCUAAUGGAAGAGUUCUGCGCCUAACACGAUCAACUGGAAAAAUCGAUGUAGUUAUGGACAAACUGUAUUUUCCGAACGGUAUUCAGCUGUUUCCUGACAAACAAUCAUUUCUGGUUUCGGAAACAGGUGCUGCUCGGAUUAAAAGACACUGGAUUGCAGGGCCACGAAUGGGUGAAACAGAAAUUUUCGCUGACAAUCUACCUGGUUUACCGGACAACAUACGUCCAGGUAAGAACGGAACAUUCUGGAUAGGUUUGGCAGCUGUACGCCAUAGUGAUCAGUUCUCAUUUCUGGAUUACCUCGCUAAUAAACCGUACAUACGGAAAUGUAUUCUUCAGCUGGUACCGGAACGACAAUGGGAAUGGCUACUAUCAAUGUUCGCUACAAAACAUGCUUUGAUUUUGCAACUCAAUGAAGAUGGGCAAAUUAUAGCUAGUGCACAUGAUCCAACGGGCCAAGUAAUUAAGGAGGUAUCACAAGUGACAGAAGACAAUGAACACCUUUAUUUAGGCAGUUACCGUGCUCCAUUUAUUGCUCAUCUGCGUAAAGAUCUUAUUGUUUACUGA